AUGUCUCGGCGCUGGUCGCGCCGGAUGGGUCUUCCGCGCGGGGGCCCGGACAACGCGCGCCACGUCUUCCGCGGAGUGCGCCAGCGCAAGUGGGGCUCCUGGGUGGCGGAAAUCACGCAUCCGCACCUCAAAUCGCGCGUCUGGCUCGGAUCCUUCCGCACGGCGGAAGCUGCUGCAAGGGCGUACGAUCGCGCUGCAGUAGAGCUGCUGGGUCCCUCCGCUCUUCUCAACUUCCCGCAGCCUCAGGCUUCCCCAGACGGCCCUCUGAUAGAGUCUAAAGCGCCAGAGCCUUUAGGGUUUGGGUGUUUGGGGGCUGUAUGGGCGGAAACUCCGGGCCACACCCCAGUCCACGUUGGGGCCCUCCCCGCUGGCGCUUCCCCUACAUCCGCCCCUGCCCCUGCUGACUCAGCAGCCAUGGUUGAAGCGGCCAUGGCCCCUGAUAAAGCCCAGGCCGAAGCAUAUCACCUGGCAUCACACAACGGCCCAGACAGCAAGAGACGGGCCGUGCAAGCUGCUGGGGGAGAGGUGAUGAGGUCCCUCGCACCGCCCGUGCUGUCGCCGAAGUCAGAAUUGGCUCAAAAAGCAUCACAGAGCGGCCUAUACAGCAAGAGGAGAGGCCAACAGGUUGCUGGAGGGGACGCGGUGAAACCCCUCACUCUGCCCGUGCUGUCCCCGCCGACCAAUCCGAGCACAGCAGCAGGAGUUUCGGUGUCGCCUCUGCCUCCUGUAACCACUGGCUGGCAGCAGUCUGGCAGCUUCGCCUCCCUUCCCUUCUCGGCUGCGCAACCCUGCAGCAGCGGGCCAUCUGACCCUGUAGUUGCCUCCUGCACUUACUUCCCUGCACUCGCUGCGGUUGAGAGCGGUUCCAGAACGCCUGCUACUCCCGCUACCACCACCAGUACCUGUGGUGGUUUCUCUGCAGGGCACAUGAGAACACAGAUGCUGCAGCAGCGGGUCCUGACGCCGCCUUCACGAGACAGCACGACGGCACAGACGCUCGAUCAAACUGCACCCUUCACAGUCACUACUCUGGGGCACAUGAGAACAUUGCCCCUACAGUGGGUCCUGACGCCUUCACAAGACAGCACGAGGGCACAGACGCUCGAUCGAGGUGCAGCCACCAUAGUAGCUACUGGCGCAACAACUGCCUUUGACGCUUGCUCCAUUGCUGCUGCUGGGGAGGGCUUGCCGUCCCUGCCAGCCUAUGUGCCGUCCCUGCCAGCCCAUGUGCCGUCCCUGCCGGCCCAUGUGCAAACCAUGCCGGCCCAUGUGCAAACCAUGCCGGCCCAUGUGCCAACCAUGCUGGCCCAUGCGCCAACCCUGCCGGCCCAUGUGCCGGCACGUGUUGCGAUGCUGUCUGCUCUGGUCACUUGCCUCUCCGAACCAUUUUCUCCUCGGAACAGCAAUGCAAGCCUUCAUUUUGCCACCGCUGGUGGCAGCACUGGUGCCAUUUCGAGAAAGAGGUCGUGGGAGCAGGCUGCGAUGCCGAUACAGUCACACCAGGCGGUCCGUACAGUCCCACUAGUGGAGGCGAAUGUUGAGACAUCUCAACAAACCUGUACAGUCACAGGAGGGGACAGCCAGCUGACAGCACUACUGUUAGAAAUGGAGGAGGACGAGAGAAGGGUAGGGAGGGUAAGGAAGGCACAGUACGCUCAGCAACCCAAGCAGGCUCAGCAGCCCGAGCAGGUUCAGCAGCCUGAGCAGGUUCAGAUGCUGUUGUUGCAGCAGGAGGAGGAAGAGAAGAGGAGGGUAAGGGAGGUAUUGUGGGCUGCACAGAAAGGACAGGAUCAGGUCAUGCUGCCUGGAUUCCACAGCCCUGAGCAGAUGCAGGACAAGCUGCAACCAGCGUUGGUCCCAGUGGUGCCUUUGCCGCAGAUGAACCCAGCUCAGCAUGUCCACAUGCCAGCAGAGCUCAGAGCUCAGCAUGUCCACAUGUCAGCACAGCACCCAGCUCAGCAUGUCCUCGUGUCAACACAGCAUGUCCACGUGCCAGCUCAGCAGCCACCCAUGCAUGCCUUGCUGGACUCUCUGUUGCAGCAGGUGGAGGCAAUGCAGGAGUAUGAGAUGAUGCUGCUGGCUCAGGCAAUAGAAGUGCAGAGAAAGGAGGAAGAGAUGUCUUCUGCUCUUCAGCCUCUGGUUUCACCCACGCUGCCCAUAUUUCAGCCGGUUACACAGCCCUCCUAUGCAUCACAGCUCCCAUCUCCUCUUCACCAGUCCAAGGAACCAGGCGUUGGUGGGAAGGAUACAGAUAUUAGAGUGGAUAUGGAGGAGAUGGUAGGGUUGGUGGAUGUGAUUUCUACAAUGCUGAUCGCAUAA